UACGACUUCCGGCGUGCCCCGCGCGACCGGGAGGUCUGCAGCUCCCGGCGCGGGGCGUGCUGGGUGUGCCCUCAGCCGAACUGGAAGCGGGGACGGUGGUGGCGGUACCGGCGCGAUGUGGUACGAGAUCCUGCCUGGCAUGGCCAUCAUGGGCGUCUGCCUCAGCGUCCCCGGUCUCUCCACCAUCUACAUGCACCGGUGGUUCAACGGCGGCAAGGAGAAGAGGGUUGCCCGCAAUCCGUACCAAUGGACGCUGAUGGAGAGGGACCGGAGGCUGUCGGGGGUCAACAAGUACUACGUAUCCAAGGGUCUGGAGAACAUAGACUAAGGCAGCACACCUCAAAGAAGCCACAGAUCUGUAUACGACAACCUAGGUCUCUAAUAAAGAUAUACGUGUAUUUAACCAUC